AUGGAGAGGCAGGUGGAGAGGCAGGUGGAGAGGGAGAUGGAGAGGCAGGUGGAGAGGGAGGUGGAGAGGGAGGUGGAGAGGGAGGUGGAGAGGCAGGUGGAGAGGGAGGUGGAGAGGGAGGUGGAGAGGCAGGUGGAGAGGGAGAUGGAGAGGGAGGUGGAGAGGCAGGUGGAGAGGCAGGUGGAGAGGGAGGUGGAGAGGGAGGUGGAGAGGCAGGUGGAGAGGCAGGUGGAGAGGGAGGUGGAGAGGCAGGUGGAGAGGGAGAUGGAGAGGGAGGUGGAGAGGCAGGUGGAGAGGGAGGUGGAGAGGCAGGUGGAGAGGCAGGUGGAGAGGGAGGUGGAGAGGCAGGUGGAGAGGGAGAUGGAGAGGGAGGUGGAGAGGCAGGUGGAGAGGGAGGUGGAGAGGGAGGUGGAGAGGCAGGUGGAGAGGGAGAUGGAGAGGCAGGUGGAGAGGCAGGUGUGUCCGCCGCAGUGA